GAGGGGCCCCACAAAAGAUCACCAUCCACAUGUGCAAUCAGCAAGAGUGUUUAUUUUUCCAGCAUGCUGUGGUCUGCCAUCCCACACAAAGAAGUGAUUUUGGCUGUCACCCUGACUCUGCUGGGCCUUGUUAUUCUGGCUAUUCUGAUAGCGAGAUGGACACGGCGUAAGCAAAAUGUGGCACAGCUCUCCAGAUACCCUUCAGAACAGAGUGCUGGGCUUCUGGACUAUGAGGACGGUGUUUCCUGUGCAAGAGCAAAAAAAGGAAGAGGAUCCCGAACUUCGUGUUCAACAGAAAGCGUACCAUCUGCUGUUUGUCAGGAAAGAGCAGCAGCCAUCUUCCUAGGGGCACUUCCAACCAGCUCCCAGGCAAUAUGCCGACCUGCUCCUGUAAUAUGUCGACCUGCUCCUGCAAUAUGUGCAUCCACUCCUGUAAUAUGUCGACCUGCUCCUGCAACAUGUGCAUCCACUCCUGCAAUAUGCCGACCUCCUCCUGCAAUAUGCCAAUCUACUCCUGCCCUAACCAUAUCCAAUCCUGCUUUAUGCCAAGGACCAGGAAACAAAGCAAAAGGCAGCAAGUCCCGAGAUAAUCUGGCAGGCAACGCAGGACACAUCACUGGAACCAUCGGACCUAUCAUGCAAUUCUCCGCGCCGAUCCCUGGAGCUACAGGACCUAUCAGGCUGUCUCAGAGAACCAUCGUGCAAACUCCUGGCCCUAUUGCACAGUUUACAGAAUCCAGUGAAGAACCUUCACAAGCCUGCCUCCCUGAAGGAUCCAACUGUGCAAUAACUCCAGUCGCCAUCAGCUGUCCACCGUCACCCAAGACACCUGUCUGUGCGACUCCGGUGUCCGUAGUAAUGUCACAGAAAACUUUGUUCAGACAAGAUCCGGUUGCUCUCGUGCCUUUUGGUUGUGCGGAUGGACCCGAAGACGGACUCUUUCUAGAAGGAUGCAGGGACUCACUGAAAAAGAGAAUGAUUGGAUGUCCUAAUGAAUCCUACACGAUGCUGCACAAAAGAGAGAUCAAACGAAGAGUCCGGCCGGGGAUGGGGCUGCAGGGCGAGGGCGGGGUUCCGAUGGAUCAGAUGGGAGCGGCAAGGAGGCGAGACUCCCCAAGAGGACAAGACUCUCAAGUAAGGUUUGACCCAAGCCUUCCACCCGAAACCAUGUGGUGUGAACCACCACGUUACAGAAGGCCUGAAUCCAAGAUGAGGAGGACCAACGACCCCAUGCUGAAGAGACAGGAAUGGCAGGGCGAGUGCCCACUGACCGAACAUGAAUUCGAGUACCAAUACAUGAAGACUGCUACGCCUCCUGCCUCGUGGCCGCCCCAGAGAAUGGCCUCAAAUGCUCCACCUCCUGCAGCAAGGUCAUCCAAGGCAGCGGCCCCAGCUCCUGAAGCACAACCACCACCCGCAGGAGGGGCCCCGGCAGAAGCACCCGCGGCACCACCACCAGACGGAAAUCCAGGAGGGGAACAGGGUGAUGCACCCAAGAAAGAGAAGAAGAGAAGGAAGAGCCAAAGUGGAGAAGAAGGCGCGCCACCACCGUGAUCCUCGGGCAUAAGCUGUGUCUCAGCCCUCGCCCCAGAGGAUCAUGGUUAUAAAAUCCUCAAGACAUCUUCGUUUUCUGCUAUUUGGUUUUCCAUUAUUAGACUUCCCCGCCACAAACUUCGUCUUCCAAAUUUUGCUUUAUAAGUCAAUAUAUUUAAUCCAGUGAAGAAAGAUGGUGUUUUCUGAAAUAAAACAUCUUUAUUAAAUAUCUAAUAAGUUC